AUAACGAAAGAAUUACCUAAUUUUAACUCACAUUUUCUCUGUCCUAUUCUCUGUUCACCAGUCACAAGAACUAAUGUAAGAACUGUGUAGCUUUUCCUGUGUCAUUGAAAUCAUGGAGAUAUUACAGGAUCCAGUGAUGCAGCAAUUCAUAAAGGGAGAACAACAAAGACAAAAAUUUCAAGCGACUGUCCAGCAGUUAACUGAGGAAUGUUUUGACUAUUGUGUCACAUCUCCAGGAAAUAAACUUGGUUCUUCUGCUGAACAGUGCAUCAAAAACUGUGUUGACAGAUUCAUCGACACCACAAACUUUGUAGCCAAUCGUGUACAAAGAUCUGCCAUGUCAUCUUCUACCUCAUCAGGCUUUGAUUAAAUUCUCAUAGACUCAU